AUGAAGGCAGGCUAUUCCAAUGAUCUGUUUUUGAGCAGUUCCUUGGUUAUCUUUUAUAGGAAAUCGGGAUGCUUAGAAGGUGCUCACUUUGUUUUUGGACAGCUCACGUUGCCAAAUAUUGUAAGGAAGAGCGUUUUGAUGAAGUUAUUGGUGUGUUUAAGGAGAUGGGGGGGAGUGAAGAUGAAUAGCUUUACGUUUUCUAGUGUUCUCAAGGCCUGUAGAAAGUUGACGGAUGAUGGAUACUAUGGUCGGCAAGUCCAUGCCAAAGCGAUAAAAUUAGGGGUUAAUUUGAAAAGUUAUGUGCAAUGUGGAUUGGUUGACAUGUAUGGGAAAUUUGGGUUAGUGAGAAAUGCUAGAAGGGUGUUUGAGAUGAAUGGUGUAAAGAAAAAUGCUGCAUGUUGGAAUGCAAUGCUUAACGCUUACAUACAACAUGCAAGUUGCAUUGAGGUUGUUAAGGCAGGCUAUUCCAAUGAUCUGUUUUUGAGCAGUUCCUUGGUUAUCUUUUAUAGGAAAUCGGGAUGCUUAGAAGGAGAUGGGGGGGGAGUGAAGAAGAAUAGCUUUACGUUUUCUAGUGUUCUCAAGGCCUGUAGAAAGUUGACGGAUGAUGGAUACUAUGGUCGGCAAGUCCAUGCCAAAGCGAUAAAAUUAGGGGUUAAUUUGAAAAGUUAUGUGCAAUGUGGAUUGGUUGACAUGUAUGGGAAAUUUGGGUUAGUUAGAAAUGCUAGAAGGGUGUUUGUAAUGAAUGGUGUAAAGAAAAAUGCUGCAUGUUGGAAUGCAAUGCUUAACGCUUACAUACAACAUGGAAGUUGCAUUGAGGUUGUUAAGGUACUUUAUGUGAUGAAGGGAGGUGGCUUAGAACCAAGGGAAUCAUUGGUCAAUGCAGUGUGGUUUUUUUGUGGUAGUACAAAUCUGGAAAAUAAGUUCGAUAAGAUGUUUUAA